UCAUCCAUUACCAUAAAUUCCAACACCAACACCAAAGUGCCCGUUUCCAGUUUCCCCCUACACACCAUUUCUUUUUGUACACAGACAAGGAAAGCAAAGAAGAGAAAGUCGAAUAACAAACAGAAGAGAAUGUAUUUAUAUUAUUAGAAAAAAAGUAAAAGUGAAAAAAGGAAAAAAGUAGAGGUAGCGUGAGAAUAAAAAUGGCGGCACAAGCGCGAAUCUGUUGGGCGUUACAUAGUCCCAGCUUCCAAAUCCAUCAUCAUCGCCAUGCUCGGAACUGUAAUUCUCUUACAAUGCCUCCUCCUCCUUCUAAUGCUACGACUAGUUUCAUGAUUCGCAGGAGAACAACCAAUCUUGAUAAGCUUUCUUCUUCUUCUUCAUGUCGCGCGACGGCUUCGACGGAGGCUACGGAAUCGCCACCGUCGCCUCCGCCUCCUGAUAAGGAACUGCAGAGGAAGGUUCCGGAUCUGCAGACUCUCGUCCGACGAUUCUGGAAAGUGGCUGCGCCAUAUUGGUUCUCCGAUGAUCAAUUCCAAGCAAGAUUGCAGCUCGCCACUGUCUUCGCUCUCACUCUUCUCACUACUGGUAUCAGCGUCGGAUUCAAUUUCCUUGGACGGGAUUUCUUCAAUGCCCUAGCCAACAAGGACCAAGAACAAUUUACCAAGCAACUGCUGUACUACCUGGGAGCAUUCGCUGCUGGAAUUCCGGUUUUUGUGCAGCGAGAUUAUGUAAGAGAAACUCUUUCUCUGCGAUGGAGGUCUUGGAUGACGAAAUAUUAUACAGAACGCUAUUUCAAGAAUCAGACAUUCUAUAAAAUUCAAUCCCAGUCAAUUAUUGAUAAUCCUGAUCAGCGGAUAGUUGAUGAUCUAAGUUCUUUCACGGGGACGGCCCUUUCAUUCUCUUUGUCACUUUUCAAUGCUACGGUGGAUUUGAUAUCAUUCAGUAACAUCUUGUUUGGUAUCUAUCCUCCUUUGUUUGCUGUUCUUCUUGUGUAUUCCAUUGGCGGGACAGCUAUAAGUGUCUUUCUUGGAAGGGAACUGGUGACUCUAAACUUCUUGCAAGAAAAGAAAGAAGCAGAUUUUCGUUAUGGACUUGUGCGCGUCCGAGAAAAUGCCGAAUCUAUUGCUUUUUAUGGCGGUGAAUCAAAUGAAAUGCAACUUCUGCUGCAACGCUUCAAGAGUGCUUUUGAAAAUUUAACUCGAUUGCUGAUAUCUUCAAGAAAUCUAGACUUUUUCACCAGUGGUUAUCGCUACCUCAUUCAAAUUCUUCCUGCCGCUGUAGUUGCUCCAAUGUACUUCUCUGGAAAAAUUGAGUUUGGUGUCAUUAACCAGUCGGUGUCUGCUUUUAAUCACAUCCUUGGAGACUUUUCCCUCGUUGUAUACCAAAUUCAAGCUAUCAGCGCAUUUUCAGCUAUAAUUGAUCGACUAGGUGAGUUUGAGGAUGUUUUGGAAAGCAGCAGCUCUAAAAGCCAUUCUGAACCCUUAGAGGAGAUUCAUGUUGUAUAUUCUAGUGCUGGUGGCUCACCCACAUUGGAGUCAAAUGGAUCCGUGCCAACAGCAAAGAGCCAUAAGUUACUGGACGUGGAGCAUUUAACUGUAAGGACACCAGGCAGUAAUUCUACAUUGGUUAGAGAGUUAUCCUUGGGAAUCAACCCCAAGGAGCAUCUGCUGGUGACUGGACCAAGUGGCAGCGGUAAGACUUCUUUGUUAAGAGCUAUGGCUGGUCUCUGGAAUACUGGAAGAGGGAAAAUCACAUUCUACAUGGAAGAUGGAGAAAAUCUCCAGCUACCCAUUUCUUCUGAUUCAGGUCUUAUUGAAGCUGAUACUACUCAUGAUUCUGAUGGAAAACGUGAAAGGUCCCUCACUAGAAAUUAUAAGAGUGUGUUUUUCCUUCCUCAAAGACCAUAUAUGGUUUUGGGAACACUUUGUCAACAGUUGCUUUAUCCAACGUGGUCUGAAGAUGCAAUUCCCUCAUCAAAUGAUUCACUGCCUUUCUUGAUGCGAGGGCCAAACUCAGAGAAUGCAAGUGCAAAACGUGGUAAGCCCACAACAGAGGACAUAAUACAGGUUUUGGAGGAUGUCCGUCUCGGUUAUCUAUUGUCUCGUUUUGGUAGUCUGGAUUUAACGUGUGAGUGGUCUAGUGUCUUGUCUCUGGGGGAGCAGCAACGCCUUGCUUUUGCACGUCUGUUGCUUUCAAAGCCAAAGUUGGUUCUUCUGGAUGAAUCUACGAGUGCUUUGGAUGAAGCCAAUGAGGCUCAUUUAUAUCGGCAGAUUGAAAAGGCAGGUAUAACAUACAUCAGUGUUGGCCACAGGCGAACUCUGUAUGACUAUCACAAAAAGACAUUACGUAUAUCCACGAUUGACCCCAACAACAAUCGAAGAAAUUGGAACAUUGAGACCAUCAACCGUGACGGUACACAUAGCUUAUCAUCGAGUCUGUAGUUGUUGCUACAAUAUUAACUAAUUGGCAUUAUUUGGUGCGAGUCUUAUAUAAGGCAACUUUUGCCGCUCCAUUGCAGAGGGUAAUAAUUAAUGAAUGCAAAAUAUGUUUCAGGUAAUUCAAAAAGCGCAUUUUGUACACUCAAUCGAUGUCUAGCUUUGUUUUAUUUAUACAUUCUUUAAGUCUAACCACCAUGUGUAGGAUUUUAGUUGGCCUAUGGUAGCCGAGUUAGUCUUUUACAUAGAGAACAAUGAUUAAUUUUCUUCUUUUCCUUUAAUUCUGUUCUUU